AUGUCCCAACACGACGUCAGCUCCCUCAGCUCCAGCGAGGAUAUCCACGACUACCGCGGCACCACGGCCGUGCAGUUGGACCAGGAAAACAGACCCCAGCACACGCUUCUCCGCCGGGUGUCCACCGCUGCCACCAGCUUCUUCACCUUGCUGAGCCUGGAACAGCAGAGCCUCGUGGACCGCGAGGAAGCCGGUUACUUGGACAUAGGCGAUCACCACCAAGACAUCUUGGGCCAUGCCUUGCUCACCGAGACCUUGCACCGCCAUGCCACCACUGGCACCGACUUGGAGGAGUUCCCCCAGGCCUACUCUGGCGAUAUCGCCACAGGAGCGUUGCCAGGCGCUAGUGCGCCUGCUGUGACCCCUCGCAGAAAGAGCACCAUAGCCACCACCAUCCACACCGUCACCAAGAAGUUUGGCUUCUGGGACAAGGACUUCCAUGCCGAGCGCAUCAAAAUUGUGGUGACCUUUGCGGAAAACUACUUUUGGCUCAUCAUCGGACUCUUGAUCACCCUCUGCAUCUACUGGGGCGCAUACUACAAGAGAACCACCCGCUACCCCAACUUGGAUUUUGCCGUGAUCAUCGCAGACACCGACGUGGGCCAGCUUCCGGCCAUCGUGGGACCCGUGGUGGAGGCAUUUUUCACCCAGGUGCCUGCUGUGCACCGGUUGGGUACCUUCCACAUUUGGAACCACACCAGAAUCAGCGACCUUGCUCAAUCCCACAACAAUACCAUUUCCCAAGAAGUAUACCGACAAAUACACCACCAGAAGUACUGGGCUGCGUUUUACGUCAAGCCCAAUGCCACCUUGGAGUGGUUCCAGGCAUUACAAGCUGAGUCCACCGACUUUGUCCCCAGAUCGUUAAUGGAGUUGGUGUAUGAGACGGGCAGAGACUACAACGCGGUCAAUAACUACGUCAGUGGUGUGGCCAGCAGAAUCGUGGCAGCAUUUGACUCGUUUGCGCCUCGAACCCCUUUGAUCUCCAGUAUGUUGCAGAGUCUCAGUCCUGAAAAGCGGGUUAGCGUGUUGACGAAUGCCCCCCAAUUGAUCACUUCCUUACCUUCCUUUGUCAUCCAUGAUUUGAUUCCAAUCACAAACCAAAUUGUCCAGGCCCCUUUCCAAAUUGGUAUGAUCUAUUUGGUCAUGUUCACUUUCUUCACAUUCAUCUUUACCAUUGAGAUCCAAAUGUAUAUUGCCACCAAAGUCAAGGGAUUGAAGUUCAUUUUAGUCAAGAUUUUGGCAACUCAAGCUGCUUACGUGGUCUUGUCUUUAGCAUUUUUGCUCUUGAACUUAGCAUUUGGUUUGAAGUUCAAUGUUACGUUUGGCUACCUGGGUUUCUUAGUCGUUUGGAGUUUUGGUUUCUUACUCAUGUCUUCGUUGGGUAGUUUCAUUGAAAUUUUUGCCUUACUUGUGGGAAGUUUCAAAAUGCAAUUGCCAGGUUUUGUUUUGUUAUUUGUGGCUGUUCUUAACGUUGCACCUACUGUGUCACCCAUGGAAUUGUGCCCGAAAUUCUUCAGGUAUGGGCAUGCCAUGCCAGUGCGUAACGCGUAUGCAUUGUUUCAUGUUGCAUACUUUGAUGCGUGGAAGGGUACCGUGGGGCUCAACAUCGGCGUUUUAUGUGCUUGGAUCGUGGUAACUAAUGCCGCCAUGCCGUUUGCGAUGAAAUACUUAUACGAAAAGACAAAGAAACAAGCUGCUCUAAAACAAAAGGAAGCAGACGCUUCCGCAGAAGCCCCAAAGGCCGAGACUUCUAAGCUCGAGGCUAGUGGCUAG